AUGCAUCCACCAGAUCUUAUAAACUUCAAAAUGUGGUGGAACGGCCCAGAAUGGUUACAGAAAUCGGAGUCACACUGGCCAAUUAAAACACUACUCCAAGAUACGGAUAGCGAGAUACGAAAAUCGACUCUGUGUCACAACACGAUCAUAAAUGAUAAAGAAUGCAACGAGAUUCACGAAUUGGAAACACGAUAUUCAUCAUUUACGAAACUAAUCAAUGUAACGAGUUACAUCAAAAGAUUCAUCGCCAAAGUAACCAAGAGAAAUCUAAAUUGCAAUACAUUUAUAUCGGUGUCAGAAUUCAACGCUAGCGUGGAGAUGUGGAUACAAAUAGUGCAGCAUAAACAUUUUUUACAAGAAGUGACACAAUUGCGGAAAAAGAAACUUAUUCAUACGAACAGUCGUUUAACGAGGCUUAAUCCCUUUCUGGAUCAAAAUGGAAUAUUGAGAAUGGGUAGCAGAUUGCGACACGCAGAUUUGAAUUACAAUGAGAAAUUUCCGAUUAUAUUGCCCGAUAGAAGCCAUUUUGUGCGACUACUUUUAGAAAAAAUUCAUCGCGAAACUUUGCAUGGUGGUGCUCAACUUAUGCUCAACGUAAUAAAUAGAAAGUUUUGGAUCAUUGGUGCACGGGAUCAAAUUCGACAACAAAUACAUAAAUGCGUCACGUGCUAUCGACAGCGGGCUGCAGUUCAAAAACAGCUCAUGGGGGACUUGCCUGCUUUUCGAGUUAGGGCCAGUCGGCCAUUUACACAUACUGGCGUUGAUUAUUGCGGGCCAUUUGAAUUGAGAACUCAUAAAGUUAAGGCCAUACACAUCGAGCUGGUCACGGACCUUAGCAGCGAGGGAUUCAUCGCAGCAUACAGAAGAUUCAGUAGCAGACGCGGCAGGUGCGAGGUACUCUAUUGCGAUAAUGGUACUAAUUUUGUCGGCGCUAGCAAAGAGCUUGCAAAACAACAUAAACAGAUGUUACAGCAAUUAAAAUCAGAAUUAGCACAAGUACACGAACGUGACGGGGUGGUUUUCAAAUUCAUACCACCUGGUUCACCUCACUUUGGCGGAUUAUGGGAGGCUGGUGUCCGCUCUACAAAGCAGCAUCUUAAAAAAAUACUCGGAAAUGCGAAGUUGACAUAUGAGGAGUUUUCAACGGUCCUAACUCAGAUUGAGGCUUGCCUAAACUCCAGACCUCUCUGUGAAAUUAGCAGAAAUCCAGACGAUUGCACGGCCCUAACACCUGGGCAUUUCCUGACUGGUGAUGUAAUUAUUACACCACCUGAGCCUUCUUUGCUGGAUUUAAACGAAAAUAGAUUAAACACAUGGGACGAGAAGUUGCCACCAAGCCGAUGGUUGAUGGGUGGAAUAACAGAAAUUCAUCCUGGUCCCGAUGGACUUGUUCGAGUUGUUACGUUAAAAACGAAGGAUAAUGUGUUGAGGCGUUCGAUUGCAAAGAUAUGUUUACUACCAGUAGAUACAAUGGAAAAUUAUGAUGAAACCGAAACGCAAUCAAUCGAGACCGAUUAA